AAGAACCUAUCUUUACUAACAAACUCGGUUGCGCCAUUUUGGUAGUGAUGAUUCCAAGUCGAAAGUGUGAAAAAUAACCUUUGUUCCUGCAAAAUCGGCGGUGAAAUCAUACUAGAAAUUCAAGAAAAAGGAUGGAUCUGGGUGAUUCGAACUCGUCCCAGGGCCUCCUCCCUAAUUCCGGAUCGUCCACCGCCCUGCACACCGGCCUGCUCAACUUUGAGGGAAUUGACGAUGAAGUUUCCAAGGAGAGUAAUGACUUAACAGUAGAUGCAAGUUUCACAGGUGAUGGACCAAAUUUCUCUGGUCGUGGCCAAACGUUGAGCAACCCUGAGUAUGUGACAGAUCUUUCACAAGUUGAACUGUUGCAGAAUGAAGGAGGAGCAGACAACACUGGCACAGCAGUACAAGAGGGGCAGAAAGAAGAGCAACCCCAACCAGUGAAGAAGAAAGGCGGAUGGCCGAAGGGGAAGAAGAGAAAACGAGUCACGAAGGACGUGAACGCGCCCAAGGCCCCGCUGACUGGUUAUGUCCGUUUCCUGAACGAGAGGCGAGAAAAGAUGCGCCAGGACAAUCCCAACGUGCCGUUUCCCGAGAUAACCAGGAUGUUAGGCAACGAGUGGAGCAAACUGGCGCCACACGAGAAACAGCAAUACUUAGAUGAGGCAGAAAAAGACAAAGAGAGGUACAUGAAGGAGUUGGAAGAAUAUCAGCAGACAGAGGCCUACAAACUCUUCCAGAAAAAACAGCAAGAGAAAAAGAAAAAAGAUGAUGACACAGGUGCAGUUAACGGAGAGCAGGAUGACAAAGAAGACGAGGUCCCAACGUUUGACGUGCCUAUCUUCACAGAGGAGUUUCUGGACCACAAUAAAGCGAGAGAAGUAGAGCUGAGACAGUUGAGGAAAUCCAACACAGAAUACGAGGAACAGAACGCCAUUCUACAGAAGCACAUAGAGAACAUGAAAACAGCUAUAGAGAAGCUGGAAGUGGAAGCCAUGCAACAGAAAAACAACAACCUGGCCCUACAGCAACACCUGGACGCCCUGAGGAACACCCUGUAUCAAAACUUCAGUAGCUUACCGCUACCAGGUAUGGCCUCUUUCCCCUCAGGAAGCGGAGAGGUGCCAACCCUGGAGACCAUCGACGGCUACAUGGCCAAACUACACAACAUGAUCCUGGAGAACCCCCAACAACACGAGAGCCUCAUCCAGCAAGUACGGGAGGUGGUGGGGCGACUAGACUAUCAGGGGGAGAAACUAUAGCAAGCAGCCACAGGGACAGUGGAGAAGGUGUACAUGUGAUCACCAACUGGCAAAUACUGCUCACAAACUUUGUCAUUCCCAAGGACCAAAAUGAGCACUGUGGAAGGAGAAAAAUAGUUGUAACAAGUCUUUUGCCACUGUAACUUCCUAUUAUGGAAGAGGGCAACGUUCUAUUGAAAUUUGAUGGGAAUAAAACAUUUUUUACUGGUAAGUAAUGUAAAAUCUCUCCACACUUUGUAGGGCAAUUUGAUAUGCUCGAAUGCUUUGUUUUGCAUUAAAAUUCUCAGUAUGAGAUGCAACCAACUAUACCUUUACCUUUUACUUUGUCAAAUAUUCCUUAGGGUCAACAGAAGUAUACCUACAGUCAAACCUGUACAAGUGGAAGUGACCACCCUGUGUAUAAGGCCUAUAUGGCCAUUAUGUCC